UGCAUUAGGAUAACAAAUAUAUAUGGAGAGGUCACAAAUUCAUGACUAAAGGAACAAUUUUUUUAAUUAGACCAGCCUCCUACUUGGUCCCUAUCUCUUCCUUCAUUCUAACUUCGCAAAAUACCCCUCAUUCUUCCAUUCUCAUCCAUCCAAAACCACUUCCAUCAUGAGUCUUCUAAGUGAUCAAGAAGGAUUUGCAAUUGCAGUCGAGGAAGCCAACAUCGGAUAUGAAGAAGGUGGCGUGCCUGUAUGAAUAUCCAGAACCGAUGCAGGUCAAUUUCUUUUGCCAUUUCUAAUCAAAGAUAUCGUACCAGAUCGGGGCAGCUUUAGUCUCGAGAGAAGGAAAACUUUUGGGCCGUGGUCAUAACAUGCGCGUACAAAAAGGAAGUGCUAUUCAUCAUGUGAGGUCCCAUUCUAGCUGGUGGGUGGAUGAAGAUGCUCACUACAAAUUAGGGGGAGACAUCCGCCCUGGAAAACUCGGGUCGCCUUCCUGCCUCGGCUUAUAAGGGGUCGACCAUGUACACAACGUAUGUCAAGAGAAUAUCCUCAAUAUCAAACAUAAUACCUUGAAGGAAGUAGAUGAAAUUAACGAAUAGUUGGUAGAUUGUCCCCAUGUGAUAUGUGGUACGUUUUGUAAUCAUAAACACAGCUCUGCGGUAUGCUAAUCACGGUGGAAAGUACUGGAGCAUGUCUUUUGUAUGGAAUAUCACGAGUGGUCGUUGGCGAAAAUAACACGUUCCUUGGUGGUGAAGCCUAUUUGAAGCAAAGAGGAAUCGAGGUCGUCAACAUGCAAAGUAAAGAGUGCCAGGAAUUAAUGGAGAGAUUUAUCAGCGAGAGACCAGAAUUGUGGUAUGUCAUAAAAUUUUGAUUCCAGCCAGCUAUCUCUGACACAUUACUUCUCGUAGGAAUGAAGAUAUUGGAGUUGAGAAGAGGGUCCAUACCAAAGAGUGAUACACUCAAUAGAUUUAUUAUCACUGGGUCAACCGAUGGAUUUCCUCGAAAUAGAAUUUCAAAUCAUCGGGGUUGACGAAGGGCGUAAUACCUA